CGCUAGAGGACGUUUGGUCCACUGGAGGACUCCCUACAUUCUUCCUCCAUUACCUCACUGCCUCCGGUGGCUGCUGGGAUAGAGGAGGACUCAGGUCCCGACUCGACUCAGUCCUCCACCCGCCCCGGGAAUACCUCUAGUUCUCCCCGGCCGCCGCCGCCCCGCCGCUUCCUCCUCUGCCCUCCUGCCGGCCUCCUUCGGGCGUCUUCACCCGUCUUGGGACUCGGUUUUUCUCGGGAGCCUCCACCCAGACGCAUGGCUCCAUGAAGCAGGAGGAAGAGAAGGCAGAGCGCGAGAGGUCCCGUCUGCCCCGGCCGCGUCUGGGUCAGGAGAAAAGGUAUUGCAAGAAGGAAUGGAAUUGGAAAAAAGAAGAUUCAUGCCAGAGACAAAAUAGCUUUCCUUUCCUAUUGUAGCUGUUUCCUCUGGGACUAUAAACUCUCUGCAUUCAGGUUCUGCAGCAUUCCAGAUCGCGAACACCAAAUCAGGAUGGGAAAAAGACGUUGUGUUCCUCCCCUUGAGCCCAAGUUGGCAGCAGGCUGUUGUGGGGUCAAGAAGCCCAAACUAUCUGGAAGUGGAACACACAGUCACGGGAACCAGUCCACAACUGUUCCUGGCUCUAGUUCAGGACCUCUUCAAAACCACCAGCAUGUGGACAGCAGCAGUGGUCGAGAAAAUGGAUCGGACUUAACUCUGGGACCUGGAAACUCUCCUAUCACACGAAUGAAUCCUACAUCUGGAGCCCUGAGCCCUCUUCCCCGGCCCAAUGGAACUGCCAAUACCACUAAGAAUCUGGUUGUGACUGCAGAAAUGUGCUGCUACUGUUUUGAUGUACUCUACUGUCACCUCUAUGGCUUCCCACAGCCACGACUUCCUAGAUUCACCAAUGACCCCUAUCCUCUCUUUGUGACCUGGAAGACAGGGCGAGACAAGCGGCUUCGUGGCUGUAUUGGGACCUUCUCAGCCAUGAAUCUUCAUUCAGGACUCAGGGAAUACACGCUAACCAGUGCACUUAAGGACAGCCGAUUUCCCCCCCUGACCCGAGAGGAGCUGCCCAAACUUUUCUGUUCUGUCUCCCUCCUUACUAACUUUGAAGAUGCCAGUGAUUACCUGGACUGGGAGGUAGGGGUCCAUGGGAUUCGGAUUGAAUUCAUCAAUGAAAAAGGCAUCAAACGCACAGCCACAUAUUUACCUGAGGUUGCUAAGGAACAAGACUGGGAUCAGAUCCAGACAAUAGACUCCUUGCUCAGGAAAGGUGGCUUUAAGGCUCCAAUUACCAAUGAAUUCAGAAAAUCAAUCAAACUCACCAGGUAUCGAAGUGAGAAGGUGACAAUCAGUUAUGCGGAAUAUAUUGCUUCUCGACAACACUGUUUCCAGAAUGGCACUCUUCAUGCCCCGCCCCUCUACAAUCAUUACUCCUGACACACGGCUACAUGACCAGUCCCACCCCCCUGUGGCCACCAAUGGCUAUGACAUCAUUGGAACAGAUGCCUCCUCUUCCUGGUCCAGUUACUUCUAUUACUGCACCAUUUUAUGAUGCUAGCUUCCGUUGCCAAGUCUGCCUCCUGUUGACUGGAGGGUGUGGGGUUACAUCGAUUGCAACAGAACAUGAGGGGCCCAAGCCUUAUAUCAGCCUUUCCUCAAUCUGGGGUUCUGUUGGAUCAGGGCCCCCUAAUAACAGUGACAAUGGCUGUAUGGGUUUAGAAGACCAUUAUCUGGUGAUUUCCCACAUGUGUUGGCCACACACUGAAAACUGGAAUUGAUGAUGAUCCAUGGAGACUUCCUUCCCAGCCCCCACAGGCCACCAGACCAAUGAGGUGGACUCCCUUGGCAGUCUGGGCAACGGAGACCAACAUGAACCACUUUUAGGUUGUUUUAAAUUCCUUUUUUUAAAUUUCCAGUUUAAUGUGUACCAAGAGUUGAUCACAACCUCCAUGCUUCAUAAAUGAACACCAUGUAAGGGUUGAAUGCGGGCACCAUGAGCCCCUGUGAGUCCUGGGAAAGAGAACUGCACCAAGAUCAGAAGUCCUGCUGGAUGGCCUUGCAUUGUGCAGGAAGCUUGAAGGUUUUGAUGCUUACCUGACUCUCAGCUGGACUUUGCGGUACUCUUCCUACAUUGAAUCUCCUGGUGUUGCAUAGAGCUUUGUGGCAUAGCCUGCUGAGGAAUGGAAUGGAGAUGCGCAUAGAGGUCCUGAUGUCAUCGUCAUAAGCAGGUGUGAAAGGAGAGAUCUCUUCCUCACCGCCCGGCUACCUCAACCUUCUUCUGGUAGCAUGCCUAUGUAGCUGCAUCUAGGUUCUCAGAAGCACAGACAUGCAAACAGGUGGUUGGGUUGGGCUUUAGAGCACACUGUCACAGGAGAGCUCCCAGGGUCUCUGAGCUGGUUUUCUUCACAGGCAAACAUCCUGAGGGUCCUUUUUUUUCCCAUUUGCCUGCAGAAGUGGAAAGACUUAUGUCAGUCCUCGGUAGGACUCGAGAGCAAAGUUGUGUAAUAAAACAAGGUGAACCCUCAACUUGCCUACCGCACUGGGACUCUCGCCUCUCUAGUGGAGAUGUCAAUUGUUCGUGUUGCUCAUUUAAACCCUGACAUUCCCUUUCCCAUCUUCACUCAUUCCAAGAUAGCUGUCAGCAAAUUCUUUUCACUCACUUGGUGGCAAAAUGCAUAGUACAAGGAGACUAGGGAGGUGCUCUGAAAGCUGCCUCAAAGGCACUGCUUGGGCAGCUCGAAGGAAGAUGGCCAGCUGGAAGAAAGGCUCCUGAGGAUGGUGCGCUGGCGUUCAGCAGUGUUCAUAGAGAACUCAUGAGGCGCAUGGGCCUCGAGUCAGUAAAUAUGUUUUGAUUUCUUUUUCAGAAUUGAUGUGAUGGUGUGGCUUUCUAAAAUGGGCAAAUCUUCAAGUCAAAAAGAUCAUCUGAGUUUCUUCUGCCAGGAAUGGAGGAAGGGAAGUAAGGGUACUUCCUAUGUGAUUAUAGGCAUCACCCUCAAGUUCCUGGGAUGUUUUAAAAAAGGAGGCAGGGCAAUUGUGCCAGGUGUGGUCAAGGACCUGGAAUGGAUGAGGGAGGUACUGAUUACAUUGGAAUGCCCAGGAUACAUGCCCCUUACUGCCAGGUGUGGUUCCUUAACAUACAUAAAGAUGAAGGGGUCUCAUGGUUUCUUGCUGCUGAGGGUAAUGAAGGUGAUGUUAUAGACAAGUGUGACAGCAGGUGCUCUCAGGUGCCAUGGAUUGAUGUCAGGGUGGCCAGUUCUGGACUGAGCCACCCUCUUCAAUUUGUCCAACAGUAUUGGUACAUAGGGCUACACUCAUUACUGUUCAGGCGUUCUAUGUUAAGAGUUGUGUUUAAUUUCUAAAGAUUUAAAGCAAAAUGCAAAAAAAAAAAAAAAAUGGUGCUAAACUUCACCCCUGAGCACUCUCGGUGAGACUGGUCAUGCAAGCAUCUACAGUGCCAUGCUCCUCAAGCCUGUUUUUCUUGUAGAAAUGUUGCCCUAUCUGUUUUCCAAUGUAUAGUGUGUAUUUUAUUUUAUUGAUGGUGGGGUAGAAUACCUGCUACUUAAAAACAAACAAAAAAAUAUAGGACCCAAGAAGGUGGGGGAUCAGUGAACAUGAACCUGGCUGGCUCAGCCCAGCCUCACACUGCAGUGGGCUCUGCGCUGAGUGAAGAAGCCUGACUCCCUGCAUGUCCCCUCGUGUCCCACAGAAGUGCAGCAUUGGAAUUUGUCAAGGGGACUAGGGAGUCAGGCGAAGAAACUAUUUGGCCCAGAAGAAAUGGGCUCUAUUGGUGUCUGUCCUGACCAUUCAGGAAGAAGUCUAGAAGUGCACAGUUAUGGUCACCUCGUGGGGACAUGUGGGAGAGAGCUCUCAGGACUGUCCACACGUGGGCUUUGCAUUGGGAGGUGGCACUCUGAACUAGAACCAAAGCAGUUGUGAGGGGCCAGUAAGUGAUGGCUGAGGAAAGGGACUACUUGCUGCCCAGUGUUUUCUUUGACUAGGCUGCUCAAAUUAGCAGAGGUCCCUACUGUUACUACGAACCAGCCUGACUCUGCUGGCUCGGUUUGGAAUUUGUUUUCAUCCCUAGCUGUGUGUGCCUUUUGGUCUGGGAAGUUGGCUUGUCUCAUCAUACCCACAGCUAGGACACACUCUGUAAUUAUGAAUUGUCCUUGUUUUCUGAGCUAAAAGCGAACGUCUUUGAUCACUAGAGUUUGUCAGUGUUGGGUUGUUUCCACUGUGAGCUUCUUCAAACAUUUUCGCUUCAUAAUGUUAAAAUAACUCAUGUUAGAAACCCUUUCUUCACGAAAGGUUUGUAGUUGAGUCGUUACAUAUAUUUUACUGUUUAUAAUAAAAAAAAUCAUCUAUACAAAAAAAGUCUUGGGUGUUAGUUUUAAUAUUUUGCACAAGCUCUGUUUUCCACGCUAUGUUAACAUCUACAGUUUCACUAACUUGGUGUUACUUUAAGAUUUCCGAAGCCUACAAAACUGUGUUCUUUAUUUUUACUUUUUUAUUUUGUUUCCUCAAAGCAAGAGACUGUAUGGCCUUCACUGAAAAGACUUCAGACCAAUUAUUUGUAUUACACUUGGUUGCCUCUUGGCUAUAUAACUUCUGAGUACACGUCAUCAAAGUCUUGAAUGAAGUAUUGUAGAGAAUAAAUCAUA